UAAUAUCUCAGCGUGUAAAAAUCGCGGUAAGAGACAAAUUCUGAUUACUUAUUCAUUAAACGAAGAAACGCUAAAAAGUAUAUUACAAAUUUAACAGUAUAUACGAACUCAAUAAUAUAUAAGAUGCAACAAGGUAAAGGCCGAGGUCGAGGUCGAGGCCGUUCAAAAACUACACCUGUUCAAUCACCUACUUCACCAACAACUGAUGCUUGGGUGCGUAGACCAGGCCCAAGUCAAACUCAGGCAAGUCCAUCACAACCUAUAUUAUCACCUAGAUCAUCGCAACCUAGACCAUUGCAACCUGGACCAUCGCAACCUGGACCAUCACAACCUGGACCAUCGCAACCUGGACCAUCACAAAGAGCAUGGCCGAGACCUAUGAAACCAGCUCAGACUUAUGCACGAGGAGUACGAGGAGAUGCACAAGGCUAUUCUGGAGGAGCUAGUUCUAAAUCGAAAGAUGUUUCAAUAGGAGGUGGUGGAGAUGCUUCAAUUGGUAGAGGUGCUAUGCGAGGUAGAAGAUCAGUACCUACAGACAUCAUGUUAGUUACAAGACCACAAAAUUUGCCUACAAAGAAAGGAAUUUUUGGUACACCAGUUAUACUUCGGGCAAAUUAUUUUAAGUUACCAUCUACUACAAACUGGACUCUUUUUCAAUAUAGAGUUGAUUUCGCUCCAGAAGAAGAUCAUACUCUUAUUCGUAAAGCUUUACUUAGAAAUCAUAAAGAAAAAUUGGGUGCAUAUAUUUUUGAUGGUACUGUACUAUAUACAAGUCACCGUUUACCUGAAAAAAUGGAUCUUCUAUCAAAAAGACAAUUUGAUGAUGAAAAAAUCACGAUAAGCAUCAAAUUUGUUGGAGAUUUGGCUAAAGAUGAUCAUCAUUAUCUGCAAUUUUUCAACAUAAUAAUGAGAAAAUGCUUGGAACAUUUAAAGCUACAAUUAGUUGGUCGUGAUUAUUAUGAUGCAGAAACUAAAGUAGUAGUUGCUCAGUAUAAAUUGGAAUUGUGGCCAGGUUAUUUCACAUCCAUUAGGCAACAUGAAAGAGAUAUUCUUAUGUGUGCAGAAAUAACUCAUAAAGUUAUGCGUCAGGAUACACUUUUAGACAUUUGGAGAGGUUGUCAAGAGCAUACAGGCAAUAUAGAGAAAAAUUUUUAUGAAGAAGUCUUAGGAUCCGUUGUACUCACUGAUUACAAUAACAAUACAUAUCGGAUCAUGGAUGUUGACUUUAACUUAACACCAAAGAAUACAUUUCAACUUAAAUCAGGAGAGUCAGUAACAUAUAAGGAUUAUUAUAAGAAUAAAUAUAAUAAAAUUAUAAAGUAUGAUAAUCAACCUAUGCUCGUUGCUGAAGGAAAACAAAAAUCACGUAAUCUACCAACUCAGUCGGAACGCUUAGUUUACUUAGUUCCUGAAUUAUGUCGUGCGACAGGUCUGACGGAUAAUAUGAGAACGAAUUUUGAUUUGAUGCAAGCGUUAGCGAUACAUACACGAGUCUCUCCUGAAUCACGAAUUCGGAAAUUAUUAAUGUUUAAUAAAAGGCUCUGUUCUCAACCAAAUAUUGUUAAAGAAUUAAAAGAAUGGAACUUAGAAUUGGAAAAUAAUUUGAUUGAAAUUCCAGGACGUGUACUACCUACUGAAAAAGUAGUUUUUCGUGCAGGUUCUAUAACUGCAGGUGUAGAAGCAGAUUGGACAAGAGAAUUGCGUAAUAAACAUUUACUUGCAUGUAAACCUUUGAAAAAUUGGAUUUUAAUCUAUACAUCAAACUUAAAACGAGAAUGCGAGGAUUUCUUAAAAAAUCUUAUAAAAGUAGCAGGUGGAAUGGGAUUUAAUAUAGAACGUCCAAGAAUGUUUUCAAUUGCGGAUGAUCGAUCUGGUACAUAUUCUGAGGCAUUAGAAGGUUUACUGAGUAAAUCUAUUCCACAAAUAGUUCUUUGCGUUGUUACGAAUAAUCGUUCUGAGCGCUACAGUACUAUAAAAAAGAAAUGUUGCGUUGACCGUCCAGUCCCGUCACAGGUAGUUAUUAGGAAAAAUUUAAUAAAAGGAUUAUCUGUAGCUACGAAGAUAGCUAUUCAAAUGAAUUGUAAACUGGGUGGAGUCCCAUGGUGUGUCGAAGUACCGCUUUCGGGAUUAAUGGUAGUUGGUUUUGAUGUUUGCCAUGAUACAAAUAUGAAAGAACGUGAUUUUGGUGCUGUAGUAGCUACUUUAGAUAAAAAUUUAACCAGAUAUAUCAGUGCUGUAAGUCCACAUAGUAAUGGCGAAGAAUUAUCAAAUGAUAUAGCUAGUCAUAUUUGUAAGUUUGUAGCAACAUAUCGACAAUACAAUGACAAUAGAUAUCCUGAUCGUAUUGUGAUUUAUCGCGAUGGUGUUGGCGAAGGUCAAGUGCAUUUAGUUUAUAAUCAUGAGGUAAAGGAAAUAAGAAAGAGACUUGCUCAAAUAUAUGGAAGUGAGGCGGCAGUAAAAAUGGCAUUUAUAAUCGUUAAUAAACGGGUGAAUACACGAAUUUUUUAUAAUGAAAGGAAUCCACCAUGUGGCACAGUUGUGGAUGACGUAAUUACGAGUCCAGUAAAAUACGAUUUUUUUAUCGUAUCACAACACGUUAAACAGGGCACUGUUACGCCCACCUCGUACAGUGUAAUUGACGAUACUGUUGGUCUCGAUGCAGAUAAAAUGCAACGACUCACUUAUAAGCUUACGCAUAUGUAUUACAAUUGGUCUGGUACUGUAAGAGUACCAGCUCCAUGCCAAUAUGCACAUAAGCUUGCAUAUUUAGUUGGUCAAUAUGUGCAUCGAGCUCCAAACACUCGUUUGGAAGAUCUUUUAUAUUAUUUGUAAUAUCAAAUCUCCAUUUUUAUUCUUUAUAUUGCGACAUACGUACAUCAUACAUAAAUAUAUAAAUGUCACACACACACACACACGCGCGCGCGCGCGCGCGCGCGUAUACUCAUGUAUUUACGUAUAGUCGCGAAUGUGACAUGAUACCAAUAAUGUUUUAUUUUUUUUCCCAAAAGUUUUUGACAGAGAAAGUGGGGAGAUUGUGUGUGUGUGUGUAUUUCUUUUUUUUUUUUUUUUUUUUUUUAACUAUAGCUUAUAGACAACUUCAUUCAAUUUAUUAAAAUUAUUUUAUUUAUCUUUUUUUAUUAUAUAUUUUAUGUAAAAUAUAUAAUUUUUUUUUGUAUAAAACAAUUUGAUUAACUGUUUGAUUAAGCCCAUCAAGUUACAUCAGAAAGACUUAUCACAUAUUUAUAUAUGGUAUAAUAAUGAUAUUCUUACGAUCUUUUACAAUACGCUUAUUGUAUAUGUAUGAUGUAAUUGAAAGUGGAAGAAGUUCUUUUUUUUGCCGAUAUAGAGAAUGACAGGAUCGAUGUAGCAAAUUAUAUUCAUGUAAAGAUAUUCAUAGCUUAUAAUUUUAUACAUAUUAUAUAUAUAUAUAUAAAAUUAUAUUAAUAUAGUUAGUUUAUUUUUGUAUACAAAGAUAAAAAGA